ACAGGCCAUUCCUUCAGCUCUUCAAUUCAUUUUCUCGUCCUUUCGAUUCCUCAGAACAGUGCCCGCCUCUCUUCCUUCCUUCUGUAGCCUCCAUUUUCGCUUCCUCUCUGCUAGCUUCUUGUUUCUUGUAUCUUUGAAUUCGAGGGUUUACGAGGGAGGUGACUGUUUGGUUGAUUUUUGGCUGGUGUUAGCGAUGACAACCAUGGAGAGCUUGAUUGGGCUGGUGAAUAGGAUCCAGAGGGCGUGUACUAUGCUCGGCGACUAUGGCGGCGGUGACAACGCCUUUUCUUCUCUCUGGGAAGCCCUUCCCUCUGUUGCUGUCGUCGGUGGACAGAGUUCAGGAAAAUCUUCGGUUCUGGAAAGCAUCGUCGGUCGCGAUUUUCUUCCGAGAGGUUCAGGGAUAGUAACACGACGGCCGUUGGUGUUGCAGCUUCACAAGACAGAGGAGGGGUCGCAAGAGUAUGCUGAGUUUCUUCACCUUCCUAAGAGGAGAUUUACGGACUUUGCUGCGGUCCGUAAAGAAAUUCAGGACGAGACUGACAGAGUAACUGGGAGGACAAAACAGAUAUCCCCAGUUCCCAUCCAUCUUAGUAUUUACUCUCCAAAUGUUGUCAACCUAACUCUUAUUGAUUUACCUGGUUUGACAAAAGUCGCAGUAGAGGGACAACCUGAAAGUAUUGUUCAAGACAUUGAGGCCAUGGUUCGAACUUACGUUGAGAAGCCUAAUUGCAUAAUUCUGGCAAUAUCUCCUGCCAAUCAAGACAUAGCAACUUCUGAUGCUAUAAAACUUGCCAGAGAAGUGGACGCGACUGGGGAACGAACUUUUGGGGUGUUGACAAAGCUUGAUUUGAUGGACAAAGGAACUAAUGCUUUGGAUGUUUUAGAAGGAAGAUCAUAUCGACUACAACACCCAUGGGUUGGCAUAGUGAACCGAUCUCAAGCUGACAUAAACAAAAAUGUAGAUAUGAUUAUUGCUAGGCGUAAGGAGCGUGAGUACUUUGCAACUAGUCCUGACUAUGGACACUUGUCUAAUAAAAUGGGUUCAGAAUAUCUUGCAAAACUCCUAUCAAAGCACUUGGAGUCAGUUAUAAGAGCUCGCAUACCAAGUAUUACUUCUUUGAUUAACAAAAGCAUCGAUGAACUUGAAUCUGAGAUGGACCAUCUUGGUCGGCCUAUUGCUGUUGAUGCUGGGGCUCAAUUGUAUACUAUUUUGGAACUUUGCCGUGCUUUUGAUCGGAUUUUUAAGGAGCAUUUGGAAGGAGGGCGACCGGGAGGUGAUCGUAUAUACGGGGUUUUUGACCACCAGCUUCCUGCUGCUUUGAGAAAGCUUCCUUUUGAUCGGCAUCUUUCCAUGCAGAAUGUGAGGAAAGUUGUAUCAGAGGCAGACGGUUAUCAACCUCACUUGAUCGCCCCAGAGCAGGGUUACCGACGACUAAUUGAGGGAGCACUGAAUUAUUUCAGGGGGCCAGCUGAAGCUUCUGUGGAUGCUGUUCACUUUGUUUUGAAAGAACUUGUGAGGAAGUCUAUUGGAGAAACACAGGAAUUAAAGCGCUUUCCCACUUUACAAGCUGAGAUAGCUGCCGCUUCUGGUGAGGCCCUGGAAAGAUUUCGCGAAGAGAGUAAGAAGACGGUGAUUCGACUUGUUGACAUGGAAUCCUCCUACUUGACAGUGGAUUUCUUUCGAAGACUUCCUCAGGAGAUUGAGAAAGCUGGGGGCCCGGCUGCUGCCCCGACAACGGAUCGAUACACAGAGGGUCAUUUUAGGAGGAUUGGAUCAAAUGUGUCCUCUUAUGUAGGAAUGGUAUCAGACACUCUGAGGAAUACUAUCCCCAAGGCCGUGGUUUAUUGCCAAGUCAAGGAAGCUAAGCAAUCGUUGCUAAAUCAUUUUUACACCCUAUUAGGGAAGAAAGAGGCCAAGCAGCUUUCACAAUUACUGGAUGAGGACCCUGCACUGAUGGAGAGAAGGCAGCAAUGUUCAAAGAGGCUUGAGCUCUACAAGGCAGCCAGGGACGAGAUCGACUCGGUGUCGUGGGCACGUUGAGGUCGAUAUAUCAGGGAGCGAUUACACCUUGUAUGAUACAGCUGAAUUUGUAGUCAUUUUAUUAUGAUGAUGUAACCAUGGACAAAGGGAUAUUUUGCAUGAUGGCUGUGUGUUGAUCUUGCAUUCCCCAUGUAAUAUAUAUAUAUAUCUCUUAUAUAUUUUUAUUUGCCUUGCAA